AUGGUGGCACUGAUUCCCCCACACUGCAGCCGGGCUUUGGGCAGAGAGGGCAAGGAUGUGGACUGGAAUAAAUGUACAGGUAGCUCUGGGAUAGCUGGAGGGGGAGUAACACUACAAAGCUGGGCCUGGUGUAAGAAGGAGGCGCUCGUCUGCCCAUCGUGCCAAUUCCGGUGCCUUCCCCGCCUGGGGCGGAUACUUGCACACUUCAGCCGUGCUGCUGCACUACUGCACCACGACAAGCUACCUCCUCCCUGGCCCCAGGGCCCCCAGCCCAGCGCCCUGCACCUCCUUGUGCCUGCAGCUUCUCCCAAGGGUGCUGUGCUGACAGCCACAGCUGGACCGCCUGUCUUGGCUCCGCAGCCCAAGGGGAAGGCGGGCACCAAGGGCAAGAAGCAGAUCUUCGAGGAGAACCGGGAGACGCUGCGCUUCUACCUCCGCAUCAUCCUGGGCGCCUCCGCCAUAUACGCCGUGGUGAACCUGGUCAUCUUCUCCUCCGCCGCCUCCGCCUGGACGUGGGUCGCGUUCGUCUUCAGCUUGGUGGUCUACGGCACCAGCUACCGGUCCAUGAACUCCAUGGCAAAGCCGUCUUUCACAGACGAUGGCAGCCUUGCCGACGGGGGAAUUGACCUGAAUAUGGAGCAGGGGAUGGCAGAGCACCUCAAGGAUGUGAUCCUGCUGACAGCUAUAGUCCAAGUGCUGAGCUGCUUCUCGCUCUACGUCUGGUACUUCUGGCUCUUGGCUCCGGGGCGCGCUCUCUACCUCCUGUGGGUGAACAUCCUGGGGCCCUGGUUCACAGCUGAGUCCUCACCUGCUGCUCAGGAGCCCAACGAGAAGAAGCAGCGCCGACAGGAACGCCGACAGAUGAAGCGCUUCUAGCCCUGGCUGAGGAUAGAUCAACACCCUCUCCCAUCUCCAUGCUGUUAUUUCAUCAGGGAUGCGACCAAAACCAAUCCAAAACCACCACAGUAGCUCUGUUGCCCUCCGUCACUGCUGCCAUUCUGCCAGGAAGGCUGCAAGAGACUUCCCCUGGUUGGGUCUUAGCACGGGCUGAGGCCUUGCUCCUUGGGCUGACAGGGGGGUGAUGCUGGGAUGUGUGUAAAUACCUUUUUAAAGCAGUGCUGUAUCGUGUUCAGCGUUGGGGAGUGCAAUGCUGGAGGAAAUAGUACAUUAAAGAGCAGAGUCUUAAUUGA